AUGUUGCCGCCACCGCUAAAUCACGUGCUACUCGUCGUUAUAACUACCGUUGCUACGGUUACGCGCUCGGUAUUCGCCGCCAAUAAUGUGUCCUUUGCGAUCAGUGAAUUUUCCGAGUAUACUAAAUAUCCUCCGAAGCCGUUGGUUUGCAUCCCAAACGGUUGCAUCAUCGGAACCAAUAAGAAUGGACUUGAAAAUGGACAGUUCGAGGCCUUCUUCGGAAUUCCAUACGCCAAGCCUCCGCUGGGGAAUCUGCGAUUCAAAGAUCCUGUUCUGGUGGAAUCGUGGACCGGUAACUACGACGCAACGUACGAACGGAGCAAGUGCGUCCAGAAGAACGAUGCCCGACCGCAUUCGUUGGUGGAAGGAAGCGAGGAUUGUCUGUAUUUGAAUUUGUACAGACCGAAGUACAUAACCCAGCCGCUUCCGGUGAUCUUCUACAUCCACGGUGGCAGCUAUGCAUCCGGAUCUGCAUCGUUUGCUGAAUAUGGCCCCGAACGUCUAAUGGACACCCGAAAGGUCAUCGUCGUUGUCAUCCAGUACAGACUAGGAGUAUUUGGAUUCCUUUCCACGGACGAUAGUUGUUCCCCGGGCAACUACGGUCUCAAAGAUCAGAGUAUGGCACUCCGAUGGGUGCAGAACAAUAUUCAAAACUUUGGAGGCGAUCCAAAGCGUGUGCUUCUGGUGGGACAACGUGCCGGUGGUGCUGCAGUCCAGAUGCACAUGAUGUCUCCGCUGAGUCGAGGGACAUUUUCAAAAGCGGUCAGUAUGAGUGGAUCGGCACUCGCCUAUUGGAAUUAUAACAUCGAUCAAGCAAGGGUGGCCAGGAGACAGGCUGCCGUUGUUGGAAUUCCCAAUGCCUACAAGAUUUCUACAGACAAGUUGGUUGAGGCUCUGCGCUGUGUGGAUGCCUAUGAAUUGGGCAGGAGCAUCGAUCGGCUCAAGUAUUUCCAUGUCCAUCCGACGGGAUUGUACCAACCUGUGGCGGAACGGUACGUGACCAACGAAACCUUCCUUUCAGAAGAACCAAGAGCAUUGUGGGUAGCUGGGAAGUACGAACAAGUUCCGUGGGUAACCGGAUUCUUGCCGAACGAUGGAGCUGCUGAUUCAUUGGGAAUCAUUACGAACGUAACUCUGCUGGAACAGCUGAAUGAAAAGUCACGAAGGUUCAUACCUCGAUUGGCCGGCGGGGAUGCUCACGCCAAGAGUACGCAGAUGUUGAAGGAUCGUUUCUUCAGUAACGGUACCGAGGAACGCUGGUUGACGAAGGAGAAUUAUAUGAAUCUUCAAGAUCUUCUUACAGAAUCAACCAUCACUUAUGGAGUAGCGCUGAGUGUGAAGCAACAUUUAGCUUUGAAGAACUCCAGAAAAGCACCGAUCAGUGUGUACUACUUCAAUUUCCGGGGACGGUUCUCACAGUCGUACGUUUAUACGUAUACUUCAGCCGAUUUUGGAGUUUGCCAUUCAGAUGAGCUGCUGUACCUUUUCCGAAACAGUGCAAUGGUAGGGGAUUAUCAAAAUGGAACACCGGAGCUGAUCAUGGCAAAGGGUUUGGUGGAUUACUUUGUCAAACUGGCUUACGAUGGAAUAUCCGGGCCAUACUGUAAGCUGAACGAUUGCCAGUUGCUGGAGUUUGCCAACUCGGAUAAUCCAAGGGCGCCAGUUGAAUUGAAUCUGGUCAACGGAUUCGACGAGGACAUGAUUCAGUUCUGGAGAGAGUACUACCGAUUGCAAGGGAUUUAG